AAUGCAUUUUGUUAAAAAGAGUCAAGUAAGUGAAGUUGAAAAAAGUGCUUACGAGAAGAAGAGAGCUGCAAAAUUGGAACGUUUUGUUCAAAUGAAGAGCAGAAUCUUUGAAAAAAGAAAAAUUGGUGAAUAUGAUGAAGAAAUUAUGGAAUUAACGGCAGAACUUUUAGGGAAGCAUGCAGAUAUUUAUACAUUUUGGAAUAUUAGAAGAGAAGCUAUUGAACAAAUUUCAGCGAUUGAACGUAUAUCAAAAUUACUAGAUAAAGAAUUGAAGUUGACACAGGAAUGUUUAAUGAAAAACCCAAAAUCUUACUCUAGUUGGCAUCAUCGUUUUUUAGUUGUAAGUCAACAUCCUAAAAUUAAUUAUAAAGAAGAAUUGGCACUUUGUGAUAAUGCUUUGGCAUUAGAUUGUCGAAACUUUCAUUGUUGGGAUCAUAGACGUUCUGUUGCCAAAUUGGCUAAACUAAAUGAUAUGGAUGAAUUAAGUUUCUCUGAUCGAUUAAUUGGCAAAAAUCCAAGUAACUAUUCAGCAUGGCAUUAUAGAGGUACUUUGUUGCCCAAACUUGAAGAAAACCGGCGGGAAAAUUCUGAGAACCGACUAAUGACUGAUGAAUGUUUGAAAGGAGAAUUUGAGAAGGUUCUCCACGUUUGUGGUGUUAAUUCCGAGGAUCAAACUGCCUGGACAUAUUGUCGUUGGCUUGUUGAAUUGGCAACAAAUGGAUGUAAAAUUUUUUUCUUAAAAUUAAUAAUCCUCUUUUUAGUGCCAGUUUCACCACAAGUUGUUGCAGCAAAAUUUUUAGAUUCAUCAACAGUUCUUGUUGUAUUUUCUGAAGCAGUUAACAAACAAAUGGUUAAAAAUACUUUAAAUCUGUUUGAUGAUUUUAAAUUGAUAAAAUUUGAAUCGAUUUCUCCAUUUAAAACUUCUAAUUAUGUAUCAGAUUUUAAAUAUUCUCGUGUUUGGUUAUUAUCAAAUAUUUCUAAUCCAUUAUUAAUUUCUACAUUAAAUGAAGAAGGAAAGAAUGACAGCGAAAUAAAGCAAAUUAAUGUUGAUAAAAUUUUUAUAAAUAAAUUUUAUUUUCAAGAGGUUUGUUAA